AACCUAACCAGUCAGUGAGCAGACCUCGUUGCGUGUGUGCGUGCGUGUGUGUGCGAGGUUAGCGUGCAGGGAAGAGCAUACCAACACACCCUACCAUGCAAUAGCCCCACAGCACCCUACCACACCCCUGUCACCCCUUACCACCAUCUUGAUAGCGAUAACGUGUCACACCGCUGAUAAAUAUACCGGGAACUGCCGCUCACAAGACCAGUAUGUGCCGGGCAGUGACGCGGGGAGGUCGCACGCCGUUCUCCUCCUCCCAUUGAUUUUAACCGAAGAGGAGGGCGAGGCAGUGCUACGAGGGUGACUUACAGGUGACAUAGAGGCGACACAGGUGCUUAUGAGGUGCUGUGAGGCCGUGGACGUGAGAUUGAGUUAAACCACGUGGUGUGUGUGUCCGUGAGGGGAGUUUGAGAGAGGCGCGGCGCCCCCCUCACCGUGGAGACGUGCUGCGGCGGCCAGGAGGAGGCGGGGGGCACUGCAGGAAGGACGAGACGCUUGGUGGUGGCUAUGAACGGGGAGACAGCGAUAGGGGGCGAGGCGGGGGGCGGCGGCGGGGGGCGUGUGGUCACCUCCCAGCCGUCCUACCUCCGAACUGGGUCCACUCCGCCCUCGUACUCCUCCUCGCCGAGACUCCGCAGACUGGAUGACAUGAAGAAGACUUGGGGAUCGGGUGGAGGAGCCGGCACCGGUGGAGGAGGAGGUACAGGAGGUGGAGGAACAGCACCAUCCACAUAUAACUCCUACUCCAAGUACUCCGCAAGUUCGAACUCCACCUACCGCCUAGCAUCCCUCGACCGGCUAGCUCAGCGCCACAAACUCUAUGAUGCUACCGGCGCCGCGCCCCCCCCUGACGCCAACGGGGGGCUGCCUGGGGGGGGCGGUGUAGGGGCCAGAGACACGCCCAGGGAAGCCGCCUCCGCCGCCACCACCGCCGCCGCCGCCUCGCCUUUGCAGGAUCCCGCUUUACAAAGCAAACGAGAGAUGUUUUUCAAGACGGAAGGGGGCAGUGGGGGAGGAGGCGGCGGCCCCCCACUCUCCGCCCCCUCCGCCGCGCCCCCCGCACCCCCCGUCACCGCACCCUCCUCCGCCCCCCCUCCACCCCCCGCUUCCACCACCCCCACCCCCGCACCCCCCACGUCUGCGCCCCCCGCCAGUGUAGCGUCCAUCAAAGAACAGCUGAUGACGACGAAAGAGAGAAAGGAACAUAAGGAGGAGGAGAAUAAAGAGAACAAGCUGGUGAAGGAGCUGGUGAGAGAGCGACGCCCCCGGGAAGUUGACGGUUACGUGGGAUUCGCUAACCUGCCCAACCAAGUGUACAGAAAGGCGGUCAAGAGAGGGUUCGAAUUCUCCUUAAUGCUUGUUGGGGAGAGCGGGCUGGGCAAGAGCACCCUCAUCAACUCUAUGUUCCUCUCUGACAUUUAUUCCAACGACCAUCCCGGCCCAUCCCACCGCGUGAAGAAGACUGUGCAGGUGGAGACGACAAAGGUGCUGCUGAAGGAGAACGGAGUCAACCUCAUGCUUACAGUGGUGGACACGCCAGGCUUUGGAGACGCAGUGGACAACAGCGAUUGCUGGCAGCCCGUCACCAACUACAUCGAGACUAAGUACGAGGAGUAUUUGAACUGCGAGUCAAGAGUCAACCGCAAGCAACUCAGCGACACUAGGGUUCACUGUUGCCUUUACUUCAUCGCACCCUCUGGCCACGGGCUCAAGCCGCUGGAUGUGGAGUUCAUGCGACGGCUACACGACAAGGUCAACAUCAUCCCCGUCAUCUCCAAGGCCGACACGCUCACCCCCGACGAGUGCCAACACCUCAAGAAGCAGGUUCUUAACGAGAUCGCUCAACACAAGAUCAAGAUUUACGAGUUUCCCGAGGAGGAGGGAGACGCCACCAGCAUCAAGAUGAAGCAGCGUGUUCCCUUCGCCGUGGUGGGCUCAAACACGACAGUCGAGGUGGAUGGGAAGAAGGUCCGCGGCAGAAAAUAUCCCUGGGGAGUGGUGGAAGUUGAGAACAUCGAGCACUGCGACUUCAUUCCGCUGCGCAACAUGAUGAUCCGGACCCACAUGCAGGACCUCAAGGACGUCACCAACAACGUCCACUACGAAAACUACCGCUGCCGCAAGCUGGCCGGCGUCGGGGGCACGGACGGCAAGGUUAAGAUGACCAACAAGAACCCAAUAGCACAGAUGGAGGAGGAGAAGAAGGAGCACACCAACCGCAUGAAGAAGAUGGAGAGCGAGAUGGAGCAGGUGUUUGAGAUGAAGGUCAAGGAGAAGAUGACCAAACUCACUGACCUCGAGAAUGACCUUCAGAAACGCAACGAAUCAAUGCGCAAGAAGCUGGAGGCGGACCUGGCUGAGCUGGAGGAGGAGCGGGAGCGAUUCGAGAAGGACCGGAAGGCGUGGGAGGCGGCCAACGGCACCACUGUGGACGAGCUGAGGCGCAAGUCCCUGGAGUCCAUUAGUAGAGACAAGUGGAGCUCUCGGUCAAGCUUACAUUUCUGGCACCGCUAGCUCGCUCCCGCUUGUUGCCUCAUCCCUAAGCUUUAGUCCGGCCGCCCCUCGUGCCAAGGGCAUGUGGAUGGGAAAGACAAACCCAAAAAGAGGAAAGGACUGUUUUAAGCACACAAAAGGGGCAAUGCUGCAGUUUCCACUCCUUAAUAAACAACAAAAAACACCAACAUCAACAACAUCAACACCCAAAACCUACCCAUCAAAACAGCAAAAAAAAAUUACAAAAAAAAGUUCUUACUACGGUACUGCUUCAACGACCUCAUCCCUGCCACCUCCCCCCCUCCUUCAGUGUCCCCAAACCUUGUACAUUCCCAUCCCUGACCCUCUCCACUUAGGGUAUAUGUGCCAUUUUGUACUCACCUCCCCAAUUAGUACUCACGUUAGGAAAGGAUGCUAUGGAAAACCGAGCUGUAGUGUGUGUGUUAAUUUGUCAAAGGAAAAUGUUCGCCAAUGUUUAGUUUGAUGUUAAUUUAUUGUCACGCCGCCUCGAGUUUCCGAUGUUUUUUUCUCUGAUAUGAAUGUUAAUUGGAACGUUCGUAUGAAUAGGUGAACAUACCCUAAGCUUUUACCCCCUCGUCCCUCUCCCCUCCUCUCCUUCCCUUAUCCUCAUCAUCCCACUCAGAUAUUUUUCCAAAGCUCUCAAGUGUCAAAUGACGUUAGUUAUUUGCCUAAGUCUCCGUGACCAGGCAACGGAAGCAGCAGCAGCAGUGGUGGACGCAGCACCGACUCACCCACCCCAGAGCUGCGGUAUGCAUGGCGACAUCCCUGCUUUGUCGAUCUGGCUUGAAAUUGUAAAACGCGACCUUCAUCAACAAGAACAAUGCUUCAGUGCCCACGGAAUGUGCCUGUGUGUAACCCUGAAGACACCUGUGACCUGCGUACCUGUCACGGUGCACAGUAACCCAUCCAGCCGUAGAGCAGUCGCCUGAACCUGUCAAAAGUAUAGCCACAGGGUAUGUCAGCCAGUCUUCACAUGCCAUUACGACCAGUGCCCAUGUCAAUAAAGAAUCCUCUGAGAUAUUGAACUGAGAUGCAAAAAUUUAAAUAUUGACAGAAUCUAAAAAAUAAAGAUCAGUAAACCUUUUCUAUUUUGACAUGAGUUCAUCUUUGUUCCUCAGUUCAAUUUUCCGAAGUAUUUUUUCCCCUUGAUUUGAGUACUAGUUGGAACAGUGCAUACAACCUGGCUGAUAUAUUCUACUCCCCUGCUAAGUGCUAAGGGGUACAGUGGCAUAGCUACAGGGGAUGCUGGGGGCCAAACUCCUUCAGAAAAUAGUUUAGCUAUACAUUAUACUUUGGCUAAUUGGAUGAUUUUGUAAAGGCAUUGGGCCCUUCAUGGAUAACUUGGCCCUCCACAUAAGCAGACCAUUAGCUAUGCCACUGGCGGGAUAGUGCCGAGAGAUGCCACCGUGCCACUUCUACUGCUGCUACUUACCCACAGCUGCCACUCCAACAUCGACGGCCCCAGUGCUGGUCCGCUGUGGGCCCGGCGUGGUGGGCCUGACCCGCGCCCACCCCGCCACCCACCACCAUACUCUCCCACGGGCUUGAGCAACUACCCUCACAGCCUCCCCAGUGUAUUGCAGCCACCUUGCUCUGCACGACCUCCUGUAGCACCAAAUAUUACAGUAUAUCAUAACCAGUCCCCCUCAGUUCUCCACAUCCUCCCUAACUCCUCAGUGGGGCAUGUUCACUAGGUCCCACACACCCUUUUAGUUAGUGUGAUUAUUCCUUUCAUCACAUUUUCAGUCCUUGUCUUCUCUCUUUCCUGUAAUCCACUUCACUUUAUCUUUUCCUUUCCUCCUCCUGUUUGUGUUCAACUUCUUCCUGGAUAAUUGAACAGAGGAAUGGAAGUUCACUGUUGUCAAAAAAGGAAUAAUGUUUACCAAUUCAUAUUUUGACACCAUUAAGUUUUCAUACCUCGUUUGUUUUCUUAUAAGAGUAUUAAGUCAAAGGUUGCAAAUGAUUUAGUGAGCAUACCCUAACAUCCUCAUAUCCAUCCCCAACAAUGCACACUGCCCUUCACAGCAUCUUACAGCCCCUUAGAACAAACCAUCACAGCCCCUUGAGUCACCCUACAAGCUGCUCUUCAAAUCCUACACAGCCUCUUGUCAUCCACACCCCAUCUGAUAUAUCUUCCCUUUGUUGUGGUUCAUUCCAUUGGCUUGCCUGGCCACUCUGUACCCCAGGCUGCCCCUCACUACUCUUGCCUGUUAGAUGGUGACCCUGGGAUACUGUGAUGAUUUGCUGUGGUGCUGUGGAGGGCAUAAGUACAGUUGCAGACAAAGAUAUGAACAUACCUUACUCCCAAAUAUAUAACUCUGUAGCGUCUUUUCAUGUGACAGAACUCAAGGUAGGAGAUAGAAGAAGGUUAACUGAGGAAGGGAGAGAAGGAGCGAAAGAAUGAAAAGACCUUUUGCAUGGACAAGAGCUACAGUGUUACAGAGUUAAGAGUAAGGGUCAGUAUUUUUGUUUGCGUAUGUCCCCCAUCACACCCUCCCCAUCCCUCGCUACAGCCCAUAAGUAGUUAUUAAUUCAUGUACCUUUGUGUCGGAAGGGUACAGGGAGGGCUUAUAUACCACCCCUUCCCUCCUUACUUUGUUCUCCCCCUCCCUGUCCCCUGCCUGACACAAGUGAGAUUAAGGUGAUGCAUAGGAUGUGAGUUGACCCCCAGUGUAUGAACCCCUCACCUGCCAACCUGCCUCACAGCCCCCUUGUCUGCACUUGUUAAUUUCCACCUCGCUUUGCCCCCCCCCCCCCUCAACCCAGCAAGGUCCGAAGAUGUACCUCAACGCCUGUGUAUGUGUUGGCUGAUGGACGUUACAUAUGCGCUUUUUUGUUUUGUUUUUUUCUGAGACUUACGACCAACUGGCAGACCGACACUUGUCUUCUAUACACACCCACAUAGCCAGUCUAUAAUUUAGUGACCUUGCCAUGUAUGUAUGUAUGUAUGUAUGUAUGUAUUUGUUGACGUUUACACAUAAGUUCUUCAUAGCUGUAUUUUUUUAAUCAUUCCCUUUUUUUUUUUUUUUUUUUUUUUUUUUUUCCGAAUGACAGGUUUGCUUCAAAUAUCUGUGUUGGUUUUUUUAUCAUUAUUAUUGUUUCCCGGAUGUUGCUCUUAACAACCGACGUGCAUAUCUCUGCUUCUCAUCCUGUGUUUAAUUUUUUGCCUGCCGUGAGUGUGUUCAUGUGCGAUAAUAUUAAGCUUAAGUUUAAUCAGAGACAUCGACUGUGACUAUAACCUAACAUUAAUACUUUUUUUUUACCCCUUGGCUGAGUUGUCUGUCAUUGGGGGCUGAUGGGGCAGAUCAGUGGGUCAAGCAAGGGUCAAGGGUCAAACUUACGAGGGAACGCGAAGGCUGAGACGCAUUGGACCACUAGACUAACAGGAGGGAUUUUUUUAUACUUUUUUUCAUUUGUACGAUAUAGAGUAGCACGUGCACCAGCCUUCCCUUGCCUCCCGUGACCCUCCUCCCUCCUUGUGCCGGGUCAUCAUCUCGGGGUCAGGUCAGAUGGGGGUCACGUCCUAGCCGGGUGUAAAUAGUGUACUUAUUACAGCCAUAGGUGGUUUAAGUCUGUGUAAAACAAAGGGUAUUAUUAGAGUAUGUUUUUUAAGACCCGCCUUCCAUUUUUCUACAAGUAUACAUUUAAGUUUUUCAGAUUUAUCAUAAUUAACAAAUAUUUUUUUCUGCCUUCAUCCCUUCAACUAGUCGUUCGAUAUCCCACACAUACAUAAUAGAUAUUUUUCUCCUCCCAUAUUGUAUUCAGUUCGCUGUUUUGGCCCCACUGCCACUGAACUGUACAUAAGUGUAAACAUUUAUAUUGUGCAAACGGUCUGCCUCUCACCCAGGCCCGCUUGUAGCCUCUUCUUAUUUAUCUCUCAAUAAAGUGUGUGCUCUGUCAA